AUGGCUCGUCCCGCUCCAGUCCCACGACGGGGAGCCAGGCCAUCUUCUUAUAGAAGACAAACCCAACAGCAAGGCCCUCCAGCAAAUCCACAGUUGCCUUCAAUUGAUGAACAUGGGGAUGAAGAACCACCAGCACCCAAAGCUCGUCGAUCUCCAAGCAAAUCUUCAUCACUCAAAAGAAAGCAACCUGUAAAAAAACAAGAGGAGUCAGCUCGUCGUUACAAGCUCGACUUACACUGGCGAGAAAACAAACAAAGCCGCCAGCUAGGAAGUUUCCCAAAAAGAAGAGGACACCAACAAGGGAGAGACGAUGACUAUCAGCAGGAAGAAGAUGAAGGUGAAGAUGAAGAUAAACCAUCGCAGACACGACCACAAAAGAACACAUUCAAGAAGAAGGACGCGACUCCAAAAGAAUCAAGGUCUGCAAAGAAAAUCCCAUCUCAUGGUGAAGACGAUGAAUAUCACAUUGAAACGUCGGAAGAAGACAUAGAUUCAGAGGAAGAUGUUGAUGAACUGCCCCCCAAGCGCCAGCGGAAGGUUGCCACCAAGAAAAUUCAUAAAGGGACUUCCCCUCCAGGCGCAGCAAAUGCUGCAAAGACACAAUCGCCUGAACACAACACCGGAGAACCUUCUAGUCCCAAAACCUAG